AUGCGGAGGCGUUCGACGGGAUCCGCCACAGAGGAAGAAGGCGACGAUUCAAUCCCGGAAUCGUAUGAAGUCGUGAACUUGGCCCUACCCCUAGAGCGCGCAGAGGGCCGCUCCAGAAUCGACCGCUCCAACUCGAAUCAGGGUCCUGGGAAGCUUGAACCCGCCGCGCGACAGUCGAAUACUCAGAAUACAAACACCUCCCGCGAGCCCGAGUGGCGGAACAGCAUCGACAAGAGACCGUCACCAGCAAGGAGCAGACUCUUGAGCAAUACCAGUUGGAAGCUAGCACCAGAAUCCCGCCAUGGCCAACUAGACAAAACCCGAUCAGCAGAACCUCCUCUAAUAAAUAUGCCUCCGGAGGAGGCCAUGGCUGUCGACAAGAUGCCCGAUGUCCGACAGCAUGGCCGGCGAUCGAGAUUUCGAAGUCCGUGGGCGAUCUCUCUGCUCACGCUCCUUGUCGCCGCAUUGGGCUUGUUCUCGCUGGGAAGCAUAAUACACUCGUUUACGAAUAGACAAUUGGAUACCAAGGGAUGUCGUAUGUCAUAUAUGCGGCCUUCAUUUGCGAAGCUGUCGGACUUUGAUACCGAACAUACGCGUUUCGCCAGCAAGUAUUCGGUGUAUCUGUAUCGGGAGGGGAUGGUAGAUGAGGAUACCAAGGUCAAGGGCGUCCCGGUUCUUUUUAUACCUGGAAAUGCUGGAAGCUAUAAACAGGUUCGACCUAUUGCCGCCGAAGGGGCAAACUACUUCCAUGACGUUUUACGGCACGACUCUGCUGCAAUCGAGGCUGGCGCACGGAAUCUAGACUUUUUCACAGUCGACUUCAACGAGGAUAUAACGGCGUUUCAUGGACAGACAAUGUUGGAUCAGGCAGAAUAUUUGAAUGAGGCAGUCGCAUACAUUUUAUCAAUGUACCACGACCCCCGGAGAUCCGAACGAGACCCAGAUCUUCCAGAUCCUACUUCAGUCAUAAUAUUGGGCCACUCGAUGGGAGGAAUAGUCGCGCGGACAAUGUUGAUUAUGCCAAAUUACCAGGCAAACUCCAUCAACACAAUUGUUACCAUGUCCGCACCGCACGCGCGACCGCCCGUUUCUUUCGAUGCAGACAUUGUUCGAACCUACAGAGAAAUCAACGACUAUUGGAGGCAAGCGUAUUCGCAAAAAUGGGCCAACAAUAAUCCGCUGUGGCAUGUCACCUUGAUAUCAAUUGCCGGUGGUGGUCUGGAUACGGUGGUUCCAUCUGAUUAUGCCAAUUUAGAAUCCCUGGUGCCAGAAACUCACGGCUUUACGGUCUUUACUUCAUCCGUGCCAAAUGUAUGGACGAGUAUGGACCAUCAAGCCAUUCUGUGGUGCGAUCAAUUCCGAAAAGUCGUAGUCCGGUCAUUAUACGAAGUUAUUGACGUAAAUCGGCCUGCACAAACGAAACCCAGAGCGGAUAGGAUGAGAAUAUUCAAGAAAUGGUAUUUGACGGGCAUGGAGAGCAUUGCCGAGAAGACUUUACCACACAAGGAGCCAACGACUCUACUCACGCUCGAAGAGAACUCAUUCGCACAAGGGGAACGUCUAGUAUUGAGAAACUUUGGGCAGUCUCGCAGGCCUCGGGCUCACCUCCUACCUAUUCCACCACAAGGGACGCCAGGUGGGAAAAGGUUCACACUAUUGACCGACCAAAAACUAGAUAAACCUGGAGAGUCUGGAAAAUUGGAGGUUCUGUUUUGCAGUGUUUUCCCUCUGCAUCCGGGGCAGUCAGCAACACUGUUCUCCAUGAACAUGGAUUUUUCCGGAGACAGCUUGGGGUCCACUAGGCUAGCGUGUAAGAAUGCGGCUUCUGAUGUCAUUGCGCUGCCAGCAUCUACGAGGACCACUAAAAUGCCAUUCUAUCUGGACGAAGAAGAAGAACUGUUGCCCUUUUCUUAUUUGCAAUAUGACUUGGAAGACAUUCAGGAUCACCAGUUCGUCGCACUUGUCGACAAGGCUGUCAACCCGUCAUCAGGGUGGGUCGUCGCGGAAUUCAGCGACAAUGUCCAAUCCCAUCGAGUUCGUUCGUUGAGUCUUCGACGGCUUCUAGCCUUUGGAAUGAAGAUCAAGCUUCCUCCGAAUCGGCCAAUGGUGGCAGAGGUCAAGAUUCCUGCGCUGCACUCCAGUUUACUGGCUUAUAAUCUCGAGAUGGGCAACCAAGUUUGCGGGGACGAGACUGAACUCUUUACACCUUUGCUUCGACAAUAUAUCUCGGACCCUUACGAGUCAAAAUAUUUUGUCAAUGUCAAGCAAGCGAAUAUUAAUCUCCACGGGGUGUCGCCAUUCAUGCCACCCCAAUUGAAAUGGAAAGCUGUUCAAGAUGGCUUGAGCCUCCAGUUCUGGACGGAUCCAACUUGCAACUCCAGUAUCAAGAUCUCUUUGAAGAUUGAUAUUCCUGGCAGCUUAGGAAAGCUGUACAUGCGGUACCGCACCGUUUUUGCCGCAUUUCCCCUGCUUGUGGUUGCUCUGGUGCUCAGGAAGCAGUUCAGGAUAUAUGACGAAACUGGAAUCUUUAUGUCUUUCUCAGAGAGUCUCGACUUGUGUCUUCGUCAAUCUUUACCACUAGUACUUGCCGCCCUAACAUGCCUCUCGGUAUCAUUUGCUCAAGCAAGUUCAGACCCCCCUCGACCUGCGUCAAGUGGAUUUUGGGGGUGGCGCGGCAAUGCUACGGAAACACAGGUCGACUUCACAAAGAAUGAUUUGUUGGUGGGCUCACAAGACCCAUUCUUCUGGUUCAUGGUCCCAUUAAUAGGAGUGGUAUGCGUUGGAGUUUGCGUGAUGGUCAAUUUCGCAUCUCUAGCCAUCAUUCACGUGUCGAGUAUUGUAUAUGGAUGGCUGAGUACCAAACCGGGAUGGUUGCGAUAUGACGACAAGAGAAGAUCGUCAUCGCCAGCUUUUGCCCCCUCGAGCCCUCGAAGGCGGCUUCUGACGACGGCUAUCCUGCUUUUCCUAGUCUCAACGCUCAUCCCAUACCAGUUUGCAUAUCUCGUGGCUUGCCUUGUGCAAAUAGCCACUUGUACUCGCGCCCUUCGAUUUGCUCGAGAAGCUCGUUCCAACGCCAACUACAAUUUCUACAAUUACGCACACUCGAUAUUCAUCCUCAUGUUAUGGAUACUGCCGAUAAAUCUUCCAAUUCUUGUGGUUUGGGUGCAUAAUCUUGCCGUUCACUGGCUUACACCCUUCUCCUCCCACCACAAUGUUCUUUCGAUUAUGCCAUUCAUCAUUCUCGUUGAGACCUUGACCAGCGGUAAGAUGGUACCACGGGUUACAUCUCGUCUCCGCCACCUGACGAGCGUGUUAUUCUUCUUCCUCGCUAUGUAUGCCGCCGUGUACGGAGUAACAUACGCUUAUAUGCUCCACUACCUCGUUAAUUUCGCCGCAGCCUGGCUGGUAGCUCUCCAUUCCUCGACUUCUUCCUGGACGUUUGCUGGCAUUAGCCACAUUUUUGACCCCGAAACAAGCGAGAAUACACGAAAGCGAGGGAAGACGCCCUGA